UUCAGAUAAGGCACUAACCUAUUUUAAAUCCAAAUUCUGUCAAUAUAAAUAUAUCAACUUCGUGCAACAACAUAAGGCCUUACAAUGUCCCGUAUAAUUGGCAGGGAGGAAAUUUCCAGAGACAGAGGAUUGGCCCAGGACUUGAGGAGGGAAAUAACGCGCAGCUCGGCGGAAAUCAGCUUCAACUUUUGGCAGGAGUUUGAGCACAUCCGGUCGACCCAGCGAAAUCGCAUGACGCAGGAGCGCUUGCAGCGGGAAAGGAUAACCGGAUUGAUCCGGGAUGGACAAGAGGAGGCCAGCCAGGAGGCGGAGGCCCUGAGCCGAUCGAUCAGUGCUCAUGGCAUCACCUCGACCACUUUGCCAGCACCAUUGUCAGCAGUUCCCACUGCGUCUAUGGUGAAGAGCUCCUUGAUCCAAGGAGUCAAAUCUUUGGCUAAUCGCUCAAGUUCGGGUGUCAAGUGGAAGCCGCCAAAGCAGAAGUUCCAUGCACCCAAGUCGAAUAAGCCCAAACAGAAGAACGAAUCCAAAGAAGAACCUACCUUGCCAUCUCCAGCCCCAUCCCACAUUCCAAGCGCACCACCGCCCUCCCGAGCCACAAUGGUCACCCCGAAUAUCUCCAACAGGGUAACUCCCAAUAUAUCAAAGUAUCGAUUGAGCAACAAGCCCAAAAAAUAAUCAAACGUUGGAUGCCCUUUUCAUAAUAACUAACAUUACAAUAAA